AUGGAAGCAACCAACCGCUCGUUUCCUUCACAUCCCCGCAACCUGUUUUCUUUGACAUCCCCACGUCAAAGGCAGCGGCGCGUUAACUUAACUGUGGCAGCAAGUGGAUCAGGAGGAACAGAGGGACGAGAUUACUGGGGCAGGUUGGUGGAUGAGAACAUGAUUGUGCUCCGGUGGCGGAUUAGGGAGAUGAAGAUGAUAGAGAUGAAUCACGACGACUUACCUUCGAAUUGGAUGGAGUGGGAGAAACAAUAUUUUUUGCAGUACAACGAGGAUGUUUGUGAAGCGUUAGGGUUGUUGCAAAACUUUUUGAUCAGUACUAGGCCAAGUUUCGCUUUAGGGAUUGUCGCACUUGUUAUAUUGAGUGUGCUCAUAUCUUCUGGAGUAGCCUUGCUUCAUGCAAUAGAGAUAGCUAAGAGAAUCCUUUUUGGGUUUCCUAGCCUCUGA